AUGGCAUCCUGGGCGGAGCACUUGACGGCCGAUCUGUCGUCAGCGCUUUGCGUGGAUGUCGUCGAAGAGCGGGUGCCCACCCGCGAGCUGCACAUCUGCGUUCGGCCUGCCGAGUCGAAGCGGUCCACGCUGCCAAGGUUGGACGAAGUCGCAGGUCCCGAAGAAGGCAUCGAGUGGGACUGGUUUCAGCGCGCUUCUUUCGCUUGCACCGAGAAUUCGGAAAGCGUCCUUGUUGCUGCCCCCACUUCAGCAGGGAAGACGGCGGUCGCCCGCAACGUCAUCAAGAAAUGCAUCGCCACUGGAGGCCGCUGUGUUUACACAGCUCCCGUCAAAGCCUUGUCGAAUGAGAAGUUCCGGGAUUUUGUCGGCGAGUUUGGGGCGGAGAAGGUCGCGCUACUUACGGGCGAUGCCCAAGCGGGCAACAUGGAGCGCGCACAAGUAGUUGUGAUGACAACCGAAGUGCUAGUCAGCAUUCUGCACAGCGACCACUUCUCCGACGACUUGCAAGAUGCGGGCAGCGAUGGGCCCCAGGAUCGCCGAGAGCUAAUGCGCAAGCUGUCGUAUGCCAUCUUCGACGAAGUCCACUACAUAGCAGACGACGAGCGUGGCACGACUUGGGAAGAGGCCAUCGUGUUGCUGGAGCGUCACAUUCCUCUCGUUUGCCUUUCUGCAACGAUACCGAACUUUGUUGACCUGGUGGGUUGGAUGGCGCAAACACGGCAUGCCCCGUGCCACGCCGUCUUCACCCGGUGGAGGCCAGUGCCCCUGGUGCAUGGAGUCGUUGCGUGCCCGCCCGCCGAGACCAUGGAGAUCAUCUCGGAUAGAAAGGGCAAGUUCAGGAAACUUCGCUACCAGGAUGCUGUGAUGCACUUGCCGAAGCCUCCCGAGAAGCCACCGCGAGAUCUCGACCGUGGCCAGGACCUCGUCUCCAUCCUGCACGCUUGCAGGUCCAGCAAGCAGAUGCCCCUCAUCAUCUUCUCCUUCUCCAGGCGAGAGGCAGCAGAGAUGGCCCGGAAAUUGGCACCUUCCGUGCGCUUCCGGGCGGAGAUGAGGAGGAAAGUUUGUCGACAAGUGGCAGAGGUCGUGGAGAAGCAGCUGGCCGAACAAGAUCGCAGCUUGCGCUCGGUUCGAGAGUGCGAAUUUCUGCUGAGCAGGGGCGUGGGCCUUCACCAUGGUGGGCUACUACCUGUCUUGCGAGAACUCACAGAGAAGCUCUUCAAGGAGGGCUUCGUUCGAGUCCUCUGCACGACGGAGACCUUCGCCGUGGGAGUGAACAUGCCGAGCCGGGCUGUGAUCUUCAAUUGGCCCCGGGGGAGCGAAUUCAAGAAGUUUGAUGGAAACGAGCAGCGCCCAAUUCGGGGUGGCGAGUAUAUGCAGAUGGCAGGAAGGGCAGGAAGGCGGGGUCAGGAUGCGCAGGGGAACGCAUGGAGCAUGAUGACGCAGCAAGUGGAAGCUGGCUUCGUGCACAAGCUUGUCGUUGGUAGAGCCGAGCCUGUGGAAAGCAAGUUCACACUGAGUUUUUCCUUAAUCCUUCGCUGCCUUCGUUCUGGGGGAGGCGUUCUAACGUUGCUGCUCAUGCAGAGCUUCAAGCAGUUCGAGACUGGAAAGUCGGACGAGCUGAUCUUUCAGCAGGAGCUGUCGAGGAAGCUCGAAGUGCUGGUCCGACAGGGUCUUCUUGAAGACGGCUGGCGGCUGACAUUGCUGGGCCGCGCCUGCGCCCACAUCCAGGUACCGACGCCUCCGCUCGUGUGCUUCAGGAUCUGGGACAUGCCCAUGGAACUCCGCAGAGGGAAUUCGGCAAAUCACCUGGUCGCCUUCUUGAGCUGUUUUGUGAACGACCUGGAAGAAGAGGAGGAGGUUUUGACCCACCGCGACUUCGACCCCUACUGGGCCUGGUGUGAGGCGACGUCUGCGCAGGUCUUCGCAGACUUGCGAAAGUGUAAGAUUCUCCACUCUCCGCCAAACUUGGAAAUUCAACAGCUUCGAAAGCGGGCGGGCUUUGUUGAAGCUGUCUUGAAGUGGAUGAAUGGCGAAAACUUUGAGAGCUGCAGUGAAGCCGCUGGCGGGUCUGAAUACGAUGGGAUUCUAACGCGGGUGUUGCGAAGAACGUACCUGUUUCUGAAACAGCUCGAGGAGGCUUCAAACCUCCAGACAGAAGAGGUUGACAGUGACUUCAAUGUGUUUGCCCAGACCUUGAAAGAUGCAAGGCACCGUCUCCAUCGUGGAGGCUCCGCUCAUCGCUCGCUUCCGUUUCUGGAAUCGAUCUUUCUGCCGAUAGCCUUUGAGCCCGACACGCUGGACACAAGUACCCUGCGCAAGUCGCAGGCUCCAUGCCCCUACGAAGCAGGGACGGAAAUCGAUCUGUCACCGAAGGAGAUUGGAUUCUCCCACUUCUCCAUCUCGGCGCACUUUAAGGAUGGAAAGAGCAUCGCUUCUACCUUGAAAGAGCUUCUUCAGGGCAAGUCCACGAGUGAGAUCCCCAUUGUGGAGGUGUACUGGACGGAGGGGCAGUUCUGGACCAUGGCGAAUCGACGCCUGGCCGUUUUCCGACUCUUUCAGCAGAUGCGGCCGGCAGAAGGCGCCACCAUCAGAGUGCGGGUCGCGGACGACGCUGCCGCAGAAAAGUGGGGCUUCUGGAGGCGGUGGACCACUGGGUUGUGGAGGGGCCGCCGAGCUCAGAUUCGGACGACCUCUGAGAUGAUCGGCCGCACUGCAGAGGAGACGUUCUUCCACUCCCUGGAGGCCCUUGAGGCCGGCGCGGAGCCGGUUUUGGAGCAGACGGGCUUGGAGCAGACGGGCUUCAGCAGUGCACCGAGGCCUGAGAGAAUGGUCAAAGUCCUUGAGGAACUGCAGUGCGAAGGUGAAGGUACCGGGGAGGAUGUGGGCUUGGACGGACAGGUCCCAGAACUUCCAGAACUAGACGAAGACAGCGAAGAGCUGGAGAUGGAGGACAACAGCAUCGUGCUGACCCAAUCUCACGUUUCCCGAUUCCUGAUCACCAGGCAGCUGGACGACCAACUGGCUCCAGAACUCUGGAGGUUCUCCAUCUCGCAGCCUGUGACUGCGAAAGACUUGCUGCGAUCCCCCUUGUCAUAUGAGCUCACGAUCGACACGCCGAUUCCCGACACGUUCUGCAACCAGUACGAGUACCUGAGCCUUGGCAGAAAGCAUGGUUUAAAUGAGCACAACCACAGGCGCAGCUUUGCUCUGCCAAUGCUGGAGGAGCUGCGUGAGGACUUGAAGAAAUCCUUGGACCCCUAUGAUUUGGACCUGGAGGCUGCAGAGGAAGUGCGCCUGGUUCCGCUGGAGGUUGCACACGAGACGAUGAAGGCGGAGAAAAAGGACAUUCCUCGCAUACCCCCAUGGUUUCCCGAAUCGGAUUCUGAAGAGGUGAUGCUGGUGCUGGCUGGCCGGGGUCAGGCAAAGUGUGCCCAAGGAGCUCCAGGCCAAAUGUGCCUGCUCUUCCAGGAUGGUGCCAUCACGAAGCCAGCCGCCUUGCCUGGCCCGCUGGUUGCAGAAGAGAUGCCCCGCGAGGCCCUUCCAUUGCAAGUACAUCCUGGAGGUUGUUACCGGCUGGGCCUUCUUCACACCACGCCGAAGAGCAAGCAUGCAGUGGUCCUCAUCUCGCAAGACAAGCGCUUGCCGCCGUGUGAUGCCACCGACAUGUUUGAGGUCCUGUACGCUGGAGGCUGCGAAGAAGCAAGCGCAGACAUACAGCUGAUCAAGAGUCCGAGCUUGGAGGGCGUUUGGCGAAUUGGCCAUGUCAGGAGAGACGGGCGAGCCUGGAAGUUGGGCAUUCGAUCGGGGAACUUAGUCAGAGCUGUAGAGGGCUGGGAUGGCGAGCCUGUGAUGCAGGAUGCCUCAGCAACGGGGGUGAGGUUGCUCGUUGAAGGCAAGCCAAAAAAGUGGAGGCUUGCCAUGUUAAGUUGUCAUGCUCUGACAUCCAUCCGCAUCGGAGCCGCCCUGGCCAACCCUGGCGGCCACCAUCCAAUUUUCUGGCAGCGUGAGAUCUCUGGUCGCCGCGACUGUGAUGCCAGCACCUUCACUGGGACCUCCGAGGCGCAGUGUGCUGCCAUGCGUUCCGGCCUGACCGAGGCGGACCUGCAAGACAUGGGCUUGAACCUUUCGCAAGCACGCGCGGUCCAGAAGCUGGUUGACUGUCCGCAUGGCGUUCGCCUGGUGCAGGGCCCUCCAGGAACUGGCAAGACCCAUACGCUGGCGGUGCUUCUGGAGCAGUGCGCGAAACUGGCGCUGUGCGUCAAGGCCAAGGAGGAUGCCGACGAUUCUGCGCAGGCACCAAAAAGCAAAGGGAGGAACCGUUUCCAAAAGCGCGCCCGCGGCAGCAAAUGCGAAAACCUGCCGGAGCCACCGGACGUCGACACGAGGAAGCGCCAUGCGAACCGAUGCCUUGUGUGUGCUCCGACCAACAUCGCCGUGCAGGAGGUGCUGCGACGCCUGCUGGAUCGCCUUGGUGCUGAGCACCGGUGUCAGGUGGUCCUGGUGGCAACACAAGACCGUGCGGGAAUCCCGUGGUCAGAUCUGCGUGGUGAUGAUGCCCGGCUUUCAGGUGUUCUUCUUGACCACAGGAAGAAGCGCGUCAAACGCAUCGCUCGCUUCUGGCUUGGGGAGGGCUUUGGGAAGGCGAAGCCGUAUCUCCAGCAACCUCCAUGGGCGUAUGAAGCAGGAAACUCUUGCUUUGCCCUCUUGGUGAGCGAUCCUGUGCAGGCCUUCGCUUGCUGGCACUCGUCCAAGGGUGGCAAGGGUGGCAAGGGCAAGGAGAAGCCAGGCCAGGACGCCGUUCAGGUCGUGCGCCUCCUGGACUUCGUGCAUCGGAAGCUUAAGGACAUUCUGAACACUGUCCAGGACCAAGAGGUCGAGCUCUGCAGUGAGGUUGCCUUUGCAACGCAAGAGUUCUCCCCUUUCAUGUGCUCCAGGCAGGAGAGGCGGAGGUUGUCAGCUGAAGCAGAAGUCUUCCGCACCCUCCAAGCCUUGCGCGACCAGCUCGAGCUCUUCAAGCAAAAGCUUGCGGAGCUCCUGGAGCUCUGGGAGCCGGAGGCUUCUGCCUCGUCCGAGUGGGUGGAAGUCCCUCCUCGAAGUCCUCGAAAGGGAGUAGCGGCGGCUGCGGCAGGUUCCGAAGAGGGCGGGGCGGUCGGGGAGUCCGUUGGCAGUGCCGGCAUCGCUAGGGACAUGGCGCAGAUGGCGCAGGACCGGAAGCGUGCCUACGCGCUGGUGGACUGGGUGGUUAAUCAUGAGGCGGAUGCGAAGGCCAAGGCCUUGGAAGCAUUGAUCGAACUCCUCGGAUUGGAUGCAUCUCCAAUUGCCCCGACACCCGCGACAUCGGAGGAGGCCCUGGCUGCUGCCGAGAAGCGUCUCAAGGUCCUCUUACAUCCGGACAAGGCAUCCCCAGACAUGAGGCUUUGCGCCACGGCUGCUUUCCAGAAUCAGGAGCUGGCCAUGGAGGCAGUGCGCAAGUCCUUGAAAUGUCCAGUCCCUGGCACCGCACAGAAUGAACGGACCCAGGACGCCCAGGAUGUGGAGCCCUCCAGGAGCUUCGAGAUCAACGUGGAUGCACGCCUGCGGACCAUGCUUUCCCAACAGACUUUGGAUGCUCUGGAUGCAGCCUCGGCCGUUCACGUCGAGCUGUUGCAUGCCUGCAUGGCCGUGCGGACGGCGCAGUCGUCCUUCCUGAAAGGAGCGCUCCUGAGGAGGGCGGCCUUGGUGUUCUGCACCCUCACGGUGGCAGGGCGGAGCAGCAUCUGUGGCCAGCAGAUCCCGACAGUCCUCAUCGAUGAGGCCUGCCAAGCAUGCGAAGCCGAGACCCUCGUGGCACUGCGCAGCUGGGUGCAGCGCCUCUUCCUGGUGGGCGACCCGCGACAGCUCCCGGCCACCGUGUCGUCGACGCUGGCCAAGCGUGCGGGUUAUGCACGUUCCAUGUUCGAGCGCCUAGAGCAAUUCGGAACUGAACCAGAUCUCUUGGAGGAGCAAUACCGCAUGGAUCCACCGAUCCUGUGCUGGUCCAAUGACUGCUUUUACGCUGGACGUAUCCGGACGGCCGACAACGUCUUGCAAAGAGAGACCUUCCUGGAUCCAGAUGCGGAUGCCUUGAAUCCUCUUGAGCAGCAUCGGAUUGGUCCUUUUCGGCUGAUGGACACUUCUCAGGAACGUUGGAUGGAGGAACAGGUACGCUUUUCAUAUCGCAAUCCUCGCGAAGCUGAUUUCCUCAUGCAAAUUCUGCACCAGUUCUUCCGCAAGUGCCGGCCACAAAUGGGAACUACCGUCGGUAUCAUCACACCGUACCGUGCCCAGGUAGAACUUUUCGAAGAUCUCUUGAAAAAGGCCCACGAUCGCGUCCGUAGUUGCACAUCCGUGGCAACUGUGGAUGGAUUUCAAGGGAACGAGCGGGACAUCAUCGUCAUUUCCACUGUCAGGUCUGGCAAGAGCAUCGGCUUCAAUGCAGAUGAGCGGCGGCUGAAUGUGGCGGUCACCAGAGCCAAGCGCAAUGUCUGGAUUAUCGGAGACAUGGAAACUCUCUACCAUGGACAGUCUAAAGGCAAUGCUUGGCGAGACCUGCUGGAAUUUGCUCGGCUGCGUGCAUGGGUCCUCCCUGCCGGCACCCGAGCUGAGUCACCACAGCCGCCAAAGCCAGCAAAGUCACCAGAUCCGCCAGCCACGCCUGACAUUUUGUGGACGGAGCUGCAGAGAGCUGAGUGGGAGGAGCAGAAGGCGUUUGGCUGGAUGAGGAUGCGGCUUGUGGCCGGAUACCUGCAGGCGUACUGCAGCCUCUGUGAUCGCGUGGCUGAAGACGGUCACUUGGAAAGCCCAGCGCACCAGGAGGCGAAGCGGGACCCAUGCAAGAGAAUGGCAUCCCAGAGCCGGCUGGAGGGCUUCUUCGUGCGAUUGCAGCUUGACCCGGAAGAGGAGCCCGGCCUCUCCCUCGCGGUGUGCGACCGCGGGGACCGCGCCUUCGCCGUGUCGGUGGCGCCGGGCUCAGCCAUGGAGCGGUGGAACGAGUGGGCAGGACAAUUCGACCUUCAGGUCGCCGAGGGCUGCCAAGUCCUGGAAGUGGAUGGCUUGAGAGGGCCAGCGGCUGUCGCAGCAUUAGAGGCGCUGUCUGGUGAUGGCCCCCACAAGCGCCGCCUGGGCUUCACUGUUGCCAUGGGUUCCCAGAGCGAGGGUACAGAGGAGGCUUCGCCGACAAGCGGUGCCCAACAGUCUCAAGAAUCGGAAGGGUGGGAAGCUCGGCAAGCUCGGCAGGCUCGGGAAGCUCGGGAAGCCCAACAUGCCCAGCAUGCUCAAGCUGCUUGGGGGACUUGGGGAACUCCUUUCGAGCCGCGGCCCACCAGCCCAGAGGUGCGCCGUGGUGGUGCCGUGACAAGCUCAGAUAAGUGGCCAUCUGUUAGCGACAUCGCUGGCCCAGGAGUCAUGUGGCAGGCCCUCUACAGCGGCCUUUGUGCCAAGAAAGCUCCUGACCUGGCUUCGGACCAGAUUGGCAGGAACCUUGACUCUGGUGAUGUCGUGAUCCAGCCUGCGAGAUGUGUUCAGUUGACUUCUGGUCCAGCAGCCGGGUUGCUUCGAAUGCCCAUCUCGAUGGAUUCAAUGGAGGAUCACUUGGCUUGGGUCACUCUCGAUGCACGGCCUUGCUCGGACGGCAGGCUUCAUUUUAGUCCCGGGUGCUCUGGUUGCCUGUGGAUGGCUCAGCGAAAGGUUGUCGUGAGGAGCGAGUGCAGCCUCGAAUCGGCUGUCGUUGCCGAGCUCCCUGCAGGGACGCUUGUCCGGCAAGACGGUAUCUGCAAGCUGACGGGAAAGACUUUGCGAAUGCCAGUCUGGACGUCUGACUCGGCUGACUCGUUUGGCUGGGUGACACUGUCUGCACCAGAUGCUGGGGCUCCGCUGUUGACAUUCCACCUGCCCGGCGGCCCAGGCCGGUGCUGGCGUGCGUUGGAGCCGCUCAAACGUCGACAGGGCCAAGCUUUGGACUCUGCACUUGUCGAGCCCCCAGUCGAAGCCGGAGAACUGGUUCUCCAAGAAGGUGACGCCGUCAAGCUUUCGAAUGGCGUCGUUCGCCUCCCAAUCAGGCGCAAUCACGAGACGCAGGUGGCCUGGGUGACUUUGCACUCGCUUUUUGUGAGCGAUGCCUCAGGAUAUGUGUACCUUUGCAGCCGCAGCACCUAG